AUGAUGUCGAGAGAGCCCACCCACAGCAACAACCUGUUCUUCCUCGCGGUCAGCAAAAACAAAGCAACGGUUUACCAGUACGACGUUAGCUUUAGCAGCUCCAUAAUUGACGAUAUAGAGGAGGAGAUCAAACGAAGCGAAAGGGAUGGUGGGACUCCCAGCGAAACUGCCAAGGGGGGAAGUGCCAAGCGCGAAUGCGCAGAUGUGAAGGAAGCGACCAGGAGCAAUGGAACCCUACCCACAACACAACUAAAAAAAACGGGAAGCAAAUUCAACAACGAUUUUGUACUAAAUCGUGGCAUUAGCAUUUAUAAAGAAUUUGACAAUGUGGAGCUAGCCACAUGUACAAACGAUUAUAAAAAAAUAAUUCUUGUGAAGAAGGCCAACUUAAACGUGGCAGAAGUGAUAGAGCUACAGGGGGAGAGUAAUAAGCCGGUCUUUCAAAUCAAGGCGAAGACUCCCAUAAAGGCAAUCAGUAGUAGCCCCAAAGAUAGCCACCUGUGGAGCGAAAGUGAGUCCUUGUGUGCCAUCCGAAUUAAUAACAAUAUUUACAUAUACAAGGAUAAUAAUUUUACAUCGUACGUAAGUAAACUCUCCUUGGAGAAUCUUGAAUUUUUUGAUGUAUCCCCUGAGCAAGGUAAUAAAAAAGGAGUCCUCAUAGCGACGUACGAAAGAGGUAGUAAAGGGAAGCCAUCCGUUUUUAAAAUUUUUAACUCAUCCAAUUUACAGAACCAUGUUUAUUCCAAAACUUUUUUCAACUCAGAUGAGAUGAAAUUAAAAUGGAGUAAAAAUGCAAAUGCAGUAUUGUUAAAUGUACAUACACAGGUAGAUAAAGAGAAGCAAUAUUACUAUGGGUUGAGUAACUUAUUUUUUAUCGACAUGGAUAAGUUCAACGAGGUCAACAUAAUGACAGAUCGAGGACAAAUAUAUGACUGUAUAUGGUCCUACAAUCAAAAUAAAUUUUAUGUUUGCAAAGGAGAUAUCCCUGCAGAAGUUGUUCUGUAUGAUAAGUGUGCAAACAUAGCUCAUUCUUUUGGAAGGCAUAAAUUUAAUACGCUAAGAUUGAAUUGUUCAGAAAAGUUGCUACUAACAGGUGGGUUUGGGAAUCUAAGUGGAGACAUCACCUUGUGGAAUACCUCCACAAAGAAGGAAGUAACCAAAACGAAAUCAUCGUGUGCUGUAAUUUGUGAAUUUUUUAAUGACGGGAUGCAUUUCCUCACAGCAACUACUCAUCCAAGACUUCGAGUAGAUAAUCAUUUAAAAAUUUUCACUCACGAUGGCUUUAUCGUUAGUAGAAUCAAUUUUGAAGAAUUAUACAAAGUUAUUAUUCUUCCUUUAAGCAAAAUUCCUUUUUCUGAAUCAGAUGCAUCUUUGGGUAUCUACAUGGAGAACUCGAAUAAGCAGCUAUACAUACAUAAACAGCUAGGUAUAGAUUCGAAGAAGACUGGAGUUUACCGUGCUCCUGGUACAUCAGCCACUGCAAGUUUAGCUUUAAAUGGAUUUAUGAAUGCCAAGAAGCCAACGCAGAAGCCGAGCAAACUCAAACCACCGGGUGCUAACUUCGUCCAGGAGCAGAAGAAGAAGGCCCCUCAGAAGAAGAAGAAAAAGAAGAAGAAUCCCCAAACGGGGGAGAGCGCCGCGCAGGGGGACGCCGAGGGGGACGCCGAAGGGGAGGCAGAGGAGGACGAAUCGUAG